AGGCUUGUCCCUUUAAUACCCCCCUACUCUCCCAUUAUCGCAUCUAUGCUUGGUCCCCUCGUGGUAGUUUGAGAUGUGAAAGAAAAAUGAUCAUGCUAAUCAUGCGUGAUAGAUUCCAUGUACAUAUUAUAUUUGAAGAAGAUAUGAAGAUCAUGCAUGAUUCGUCGCUCCUAUUACGUAUUUAUAAUCAAUUUCAUUCAAGAAUGUGAUUCCAUUCUUGCUAGCAUUCUUGUGAAGUUUGUAGUAAAUCAGUUUUAGUGAUUACUUCAACAAUGUCGUUAUUGCCAGUUACAUCAUGACGAACAGUAUGACCUCUCCGGGACGGGUUCCCGAUGAGCCGCCCUCGACGAACAAAAUCCGCGUGAAAUUUCUACGUGAUGACGGCUCGUCUUCCGUUCCCGAUGGCGAUGAAACGACGGCGAUCAUAUCCGCCAAACCGACAUCGCGCUUGGAGAAGGUCGCACGAUGCUGGUGCGAACGUGCGGGAAAUUGUGACUUCUCCGGACAACAAUUUUUCCUACUGAGUCACGCAGAACAAGGAACCGAAAAUCAGGAGAAACAAAAGCCUACUCGUCUGGACGCGACACACAUGCAGAAACACCUACGAGAUAUAGCAUCUCUGACCAUGGGAGUGACCGGGAGUACUCAACAGGGUAGUUCCUUGGUGGACCAACCACAGGAAAUUGUCGUCUUAGUUCGGCAACGUCAAACCGUGUUAUUUCGCGCGAAAGCAGAAGUCUUAUGGGAGUUGAUGCUGGACAAUCGCCGUGUAGAAGGAGAAACCAGUAGAAAUGGAAGUAGACUCUUAGCAGUACCACAACUGCCAGACAACGCUUCCGAGGAAAUAUUCGGAAGCCAGUUCUUAGCCGAACACUUCCCACAGCUUGCUUUGGACGAAGAAGGAUGGUGCGCUGGGAACAUGGACUUGAUGUUACACAAAGCAAGGCAGAAUUCUUCUUCCGAGACUACGGGACACGAACUCAAUGGAGCUACAACAACCUCGACUGCACCUACACAUCUGCUCUCCGCACACUCGCUCGCCAGACUUGUACAGGAUCAAUUCUUGUGCAAGUUUUGCUCCUUGUACGGCAGAUAUUGGGACUUUGAGAUUGCCGUGUCGCGAUCUUCAAGCGUAACGACUUCAUCCUCAAGUAGCAGCUCAUCAAAAACAGGGGAAAACGAAAAGGCAGAGGGAGCUGGUGUCGCAGAAACGAUAACUACAAGUAGUGUCACACUGUCAGCCGACGAUAUUCUUGGGCUGGUUUCUUUUGCUGAAGAUCUUAGUGCUGUCAAUGGGGUUAAGUUUAAAGAGCUAGAUUCUUUAAUAGUCGGCUCGGGUUCUGAUUCGAACUCACAUACAGGAGUUACGACGCCCAGCACGACUUCUAUCGAGAUUACUGCGACAGCGAGAAAAUUGAAAAUGUAUUUGCGGUUGAGCUCCUCUGGCUUUGCUUCCGCAGGAACGGUGAUAGUGCCGGCACAUCAGCGCGUAGCAGGUAUAAAGAGCAUCCUUGGGGAAGGCGACAACGCCAAAAUCGAAGGCGCGCACCAGGCUGCCUUUUAUGCCUUAGCCCCCGCAAAGCAUGUGGAGUUGAUGAAUCAGUGUGCGAAUAGUGCUGAGAAGAACGCCCUAAUGAAGAAACUCGUAGAUGCAAGGGCAGACCUACUAGCAAUGAGCAAGAGUAGUACCAAGUACAACAGCACCUCUCAAUCUCACUCUAGCCCCACAACGGCGUUCUCAAAUUUGUGGGGCUCUAGUGGUGUUCAGUGCAUGGUCGAUGAUGAAACGGUUGGGCGCUACUUCUUGCUUGAUAGUAGCAAUGAGCAGCAGGAAAAUCAAAAUAAGAGCCCUGCUUCGAAUAAACCAAGCACUUCGACUAGCGUACUGGUCGUGCAGCCGGAGACCAUGUUAAAGUUGAAUUUUUCGACUGAUUGGGGCCAGGCGCAGAGCUUUUCUGUUUUCGAUUGCUUCACGCUUGCCUACGUCCUAGCACAGUGGGCCAAUCCAAACCUCACAGGGGCAAAGUGCCUCAAAUUUCCGGAAGGAACAGAUAAUGCUGUCUUAUGUUGGGACAGGAAGGCCAAAACCAAAGAAGGAGCGUUUGGACAAUCCACAGGGGCCUCAAGCUCCUCUGCAACCUCGAACUCGCAGAAUGAGCACGCGACUCCCUCUUCAUCUUCAACUACAUCGCUCUAUUUUUACAGCAUUGUCAUUCAACAGCAAACCAAAAAGAACGCGGUCGUGUCUGGGGAAGGAGUUACAUCGAACACCUCCUGGCGCACUGAGAAGCGUGUCUUGCAGCGUGUACGGCGAAGUGACACCCCGUGGCUGCUUUGCUGCAGUGCCGACGCCGCAGACAUUCGCAUUUUUCGAAACGAUGAGGCGGCUUCUGAGUGGUUAAGAGAGCGAGCGGAAAAAUACGAAACGGAUGUAGCGCAGGCACGACAGCGACAGGCACCGGCCAAGAUGAAUAGCUCUGGGGUUGCUGCUGAGGAUCACGAAAUACCUGCGGAAUUACCAGGCCAAAAGCACGCCGGACGCCCAUCGAGUGCUGGAGGGGCGAGACGGUCGACAUCGCAGAGAAAGUCCAGUCCCAAUGCAAAAUCGAAAGCAAAAAUGGCUGCUGCUGCUGCCUCGUCAUCUACUUCUAUUCCGAAGAAGCAGAGUGCACCCAAAAACGCUACUCCGCAUGACUCUGCGUCUACAGACGCCAUCUUCGCGACCGCAGAUGAUAUGAGGCAAGUGGCGCACGAAGGACAAGUCCUGGCUCGUCUGCAUCGUCAUGCUAUGCGGCGACAGCGAAUAGCAAAGCAAUUCGGCGACGAGGAUAGCGAAGAUGAGGAGGAAAAUACAGCCGCACUAUUCGGAGAGGGCGAAGAUGCUGGUGGUGAUGGACUUACAGUAGGUGGGAGCAAGGAAGAGAUAGCAUCGAGUGGAGAUGAUCAUGUUGUUACAGACGUUACAGGGCAACAGAGCGAGCAACGACUGAUCAUGUCUUCGUCUAGCUACAGCGGGGGAAUAGAGACAAAUGGCAUAGGUCCAGCCUUGCCUGAACAGAAUAACAAACCCAGCAACGACCCUGAGAAUACGAAGGCAGGUGACCCGGAUCAUCCACAAGAAAAGCCAAAUGGCGUUACUGCAGAUAAACAACCCCCUCAAGGAACUACCACAACCACGCCGUCAAGCUCUACAAGUAAGACUGGCCAAAACAUGCCUCUUUCUCCUAUGCCUGAUCCCGCCUCUUAUCGUGAAGUUGCGAUUGGCGGUGUUCCUAUCGUCAAAGCACGCCCUUUGAUUACGAGGCCAGGAUACUCUGAACUCCACGGCUUAGACUCAGACGACGAGGGCAAACCCAAGAAACGGCGACGGCUUGUGCAAGGUGGAAAGAUCGCACGGAAAAGGAGCGCCGAAAGCAUUGCUGACGACUCAAGUAACUUUGUUAACCAAGAACUGCUUGAUGGUGGAUUAGGAUCAGUCUCGAUUGAACACGAAGGUCGAGCUUCGACAUCUGCGUCUGCCAUCGACGGAUGGCCCCCUGGAGUAGACCAAGCGAUGAACAUACCAUCAGCUUCCGGUCCCUUUCCAGCCGCAUCUAUGUUGAACCGAUCCGUGUCGGCUAGUGGCGCGUCCUCCUCGUCAGGAGGAAGAGCACGAGCCAAUCCACCUCCGCCUCCACCAGGACGUGGCAGAACGCGUCGUGGGCGUGCUGCUGCACAACAGCAAUUCCAAGUGAUGGAUUUGAAUGAUGGAUCCAUUCUAGACGCUGGAAAUUUUGGCGGUGAAGUGAUGAGCCAAAAGGAAGCCUACGAGCUCGCUCUGGCUAUGUCCUUGUCCAGUAUGCAGGAGGAAGAAGAGCAGAGGAAAAAGAAUGAAUCCAAGUCAUCUCGUCCUGCUGAAGGUGAGAGUAAUGCUGAAGCUGAUGGUCGUAUUGAUCCUGAACAGUACCAAGUAGAGCAGGGUGGUGAAGAUGGGGAGCAGCAACCUUGUCCAUUGGAAAAGAUCAGGGGGGAAGAAGAUGAUUUGCUGCACGACGACCUUGAUGGUGCCCCCGCGGACCCGAUUAAUUCCGAUCCAAGAGGUUCACGCUCACCCAGAUUGGAAGGCGUUCAAGACGGAGUGCCCAAUGAUUUUCCACCUGCGCAAGCAUCACAUCAUGCUGAAAAUCGUCCGCCACUUCAAUUGGCAGCUCCAUCAGGCAGCCCUGCCAACGCACCAGUGGAAUCUUCCCCAGAUCCGGAGAGCAGUGCCCAAGAGUUGGACGAAUUCUUUGGACUGCUGCUACAAGGAGGUCCCUCAGGGUGACUCGGACCUGCUUGCCUCGCAUGUUCUUACAACCCUAAACCGAAUUAUAUGUAAUGUUUUCCUCUGCUGUUUCCUUUCCGAUAAUGAUAUACGUAAAACUUGCGGAUUCAUCUUGUUGUUGAUUCUCAGCCUUUGUCAACUACAGUGGCCGCAACCUACACGCUCAAAUGUGACGCCUCAAUCAGACACUAGAAGUAGGCCCGAUGCAU